CAACUGUCAUAGAAAUUGAUUUGUUGUGUUGAUUUCAGACCGUAGGCUGAAAAAAAUCGCUAAAUACAAAUAAAAAUGUUCAGAAAUUAAAUAUAAAUGUAAUAUUUACCUUCUCCGUUACUGUAAAAAAUACAUUAUUAUCAUGGGGGACGCACCACAUUCUCUGGAUGAUCAUGAAAUGCUCAAAGCACUAUAUGACUUCGAGGCAACAUUGCCUAAGACUCUCAGCUUCACGGAAGGGGAGUUUUUCUUCCUUCAACAAAGUAACGCCAAACAGAGAAACUGGUGGCAUGUCGUUAAUAGAAAAGGUCAAGUUGGUUUCGUGCCCUCGAAUUACGUUGCCGGAGUCAAGGUUGAACCAGAAUUCUAUCUUGCGUUCCUGAAUGAUUGCAUGAAAAAUAUAAGUGAAAGUAGUACAAUGUCGCAAAAGCAGGAACUGUUAGUGAAGUUAAAUGAGAAGAAGAAACAAAUUCAGAUAAGUGUAAAGCCGCACGGGAAGAAGGCGCCGGCCCCGAAGCCUCCCCCACGACUGGACGACUGCACUCCACCUAAUGGUGUGUCACCAUGUUUUGAUUUGCGACCUGUAGUUUCACAGCAGCACAUCACUGAAGACAGAGAAUCCUCCCCAUCACCAACUAAGCCUAAUAAUAAUGUGUCUAAAGAUGAUGACGAAUGCAGGAAGAAGCCGACUGUUGGCAAAACAUCAUCUAACCAGGUGUCCUCAGACACUGACAACCAAGACGACAGUCAGGACAGUAGUGAGAGUAUCAAACCUCAUGCCAUAUAUGAAAUAGUGCAGGCCGUGCGGAAAGAAACACAGCUAAGCCAUGACAUGUCUAAAGUAGCUGUUGAAACAGUGCUAAUUUCUUUGAGGGAGUUCUUACCAGGUGGCGCCGCUAGAUCCAUCAUCGACGCCCUUCUCCGCGAAGCUAACAGUAACAUCACAUGUCCUAAGAAUGCCAUUGACGCAGCCCCGGACGCGUUGCGUAUGAUGACGGCCUUGAACGCGCUGUCGAAGGCAGCUAAUGACGCUCAGCAGAGGGGCUGGGCACUCCAUGAUGAUGCACAUGAUAUACAGACGCAGCUACUUGAACUUAUCUCUGUUAUGUCAAACGCUGAUGUGAACAUAUCGCAGCAUGUGCUGAGCAGCCACAAGUACGCGUAUGUGACGACUCUAGUGCAGUACUAUCAGAUGGAGACCAGGUGGCCUUUACGACAGCUACUGCUGCAGGCUUUUGGAGUGAUGUGCGGCUUGGAGCGCACGGCACUGGCAACACUGGCGCUGUCGGCGCUGCCGGCCGAGAUAGCGCGGGACAUGCGCGACAACCCCCGCGCUGUUAGCCGCCUCUCGCACUCCGCGCUGUUGCUGUCCAUGGUUUUGUCUAUGGGGGAUAAGCUGCCUAUCACACAUUUCGAGCAACUGGGCGUGGACUUCGCACUAUUCCUACUGGAGUUGAUAGAAAAUCCUCCGGAUACUGACGUGGAUGAGCAGAUCCCGGACCUGUUCCUCACUCUAGUCCUCGCGUACAACCUGCAGUUUGAGGAGUUCUUUGAUAAUCUCCUGCUGAAUGCCUUGGAGACCAGGGAUGUUGCCAAGACGUUUUGCGAGAAAGCUCUCCUGCUGCUCAACCGUGAAGAGGAUCCAGUGCACAUCUUCGACCACGAGCCGGCGCCGGCGCACUCGGUACUGAAGCUCGUGAUCGACGUGUUCAGUCGGAAGAAGACGGCCGAGCACUUCUACACCAACGACGUGAAGGUCGCCAUUGAUAUCAUUGUGAGACAGCUCGCUGACCUCUCUCCCGGAGAUACGCGUCGUGAGCAAUACCUCAAGAUCCUCCAAGGUAUAAUCCGCAACACUGACUACGGAGCCCACGUGCACCGACGUGACGACCUCCUCCGAUGUUUCGCGCGCAUCUUCUGCGAGGAGGGCGAGUGCAGCCGCGACGACCAGGCUCUCGUCCGAGCCAUCUCCAACGAAUUCCCCCAGUUUUUCAAACCUUAAACCCUGAAGGUAAAACGUGGCUUUGAUGAUAAAAAAGUUUCACAACCCCAGUGGAAAAAUUCGAGAAAUUACGAGAACAUUCUACUUUCUUUUUGCAGAUUUUUUGUAGCCUCUUCUAAAGCAAAAGUUGUUAGAUCUAUGAUCUAAAUUCUGUUCUGGCAAAAUUAUGUAAGAAUCUCGAAUUAAAUCUGUGUUCAGAUGGAGGCGCUUAGAUUGGCUGUGUUAAAAAAUGAAACGUAAUAAUGCGGCGUUUUAAGUAUAGAGGUUACUGAACUUUUCAUUGCUUGUCGUUUAGGAAGUCAUCAUGAUUGGCGUUAGUAUUAAAAGAAGUUCCUUUUCACUCGAGAGGCGUUGAAUUCUUAAUCGAGUACGGUACACUUCUGUAUUGCGCGUUCAGUCAAUAAACGAGUUUAGAAAUAUUCUUUGUAUGUAAAUGUUAUCGUGUGGCGAAGAAAACUGCGAAAAUAAUGUGAAAUAAGCAUUUUAGGUGUAUUUCAAUGAUUCAAAUAAAAAAAUAUAUACGUAAAAAUAUUGAUGUGAAUGUUAUUUAGAAAUUACUACGUGGACUAUUUGCUUUGCAGUUAUUAUGAUCUUCCUUAUGAGUAUCGAGUAGGUUUAAAAUGUUGCACAAUUAGAAUAUAUUUUGCAUGGCAUGCAUUUGCACAUAACGAAACAAUACAAUAGAUUAUACAAUCAUAUUAUUACUAAACGUUUAAAUGUUUUCAUAUUCGUGUUGGAUAUUUGUCAAUGUAAUUCAAAAUAUCAGAUUUCAGAUUCUAUGAACUUUAAUUAUAACUAAAUGAUAUUACUUAAAUAAUAUAAUGACUUCAUCUCAUUUUACAUAAAAGAAUUAAGGUAAAAAUUUAAACAGUAUUUGCACUGCAUUUAUGAGCCAUUUAUUAAUUUUACUAUAUUACUCUCUUUAGGUUACGCAGUAUUUUUGUAUCUAUUUUAUUUCAGUAUUGAUAUUUUUAGAUACUCCGUAAAAUUCAUAGUGAUUUUUUUCACUGAAGGAUUUAUAGUAUGUAUUUAUUUAAAAUUAUUUUAGGCCAUUGAUUCCUAUAUCUUUGUAAAGUAAUUGUUAACUGAAUGUAGGUAUUUUCAUUAACAUAAUAUUAAAAAUCUCUCUUAAAAGUAAUUAACAAAUGAAAUUCUAAACAUGAUUUUUGAAUCAUAGUUUAAAUGUUUUUAAUUUGAUAUAAGUAUGACGUAGUUUUGUCAUUUGUCACCAAAGAUAAAUUGAGUAAUUCCUAUAUAGUGCAGUACGAUCGUUUAACAGUCAAUUAUUAAUGCUUUAAAAUAUGUCCGAUCCAACGUGUGUAUGUAUUUGUGUUUACAUUACAUUCCUUUGAGCAUUCUUCACAUCGGCCUAAUGUGUGUGAAAAUCUUUUUUUAACUGGUAUUAUUGUUAGUGUUGUGUUUGUUGCUAGUGUAAAUAAUUCAUUCAUAUCAAUUAUUUAUGAAUUGUGCCAAGUAUCUACGCAAUGUUUGCUUAUUUCUGAAACCUGAUGAUGUGUGAGUGCAUUUUACGUAUUUAAUAGUAUUAAUUAUGUAUCAUUUUGUGCCAUUAUUCACGCUUUUGUACCUUUGUGCGUUGAAAAGCAGUAUGUUUAAUUAUCUAGCACAAGUUAUCUAUGAGCGCAGCAUGGCAUUUUAUAUUUAAAUAUUUAUUUGGUGUAUGAUCGGGCCUAAAUUUUCAUAACAUUAGAUUCCUACUUAUGAAAUGCGUUCGUACUUAUUAAACAGAGCAAUAUUUUUCUAGUCAACAAUCAUAAAUGAUGUAAAACUGAUAUUAAAAUUAAAUCUUCUUGCUAUUUUAGAUCACAAAUAGAUGCUGAUAAUCAUAUAUUUUUCAGGAUAUUCUCAUCAAGUCAUUACUAUUCAUGCAAUAUAACGCAACAAUUUAUGUACAAUGUAUGGGCGGCAUGACAACAUAUAUGACUCGUUUAAAAACACCAUUGCCACAGGUGUGACUAACGCCAAAGGUAUUUGAUAUUUUUUAAAUCUGGCAAUAAUAGAAUUCUAGUUAUUUGUUGUGCCGUCUAUACUUAUGUACAACUGUAUCGAAUAAGUAUAAAUAAAUUAUUGUAGUUUACCCAUCGUUAGUUAAUUUCAUUGUCGACCAACAUUUCAGGGUGUCCAUAUAAAAAAAAAUAUUAAUAUUAUGUAGAACGAAUAUAAAUGCACUAAAUGUCAUUUCCCAAAUCUAUCGUAUUUAAACAAAAUUAGACUUUGUUGUCAUAAAAUAUUGAUUGAAAAUGUUAAAAAUGUUAAUUAUAUAAGAUUUACUGUAUUGUCUAUUUCUAUUGGAAAGUUAUCAAAUAAACUAAUCUAUUUAUUAUGACGUUGGCCUAAAUUAAAUUUAGUAUUGGAAAUAAUUAUGAGCUUAUCGGGGUUUCGGUUGAGAGAUGCUCAAAUCGUAGCCAAAUUUUACUAGAUAUCGAUUUAUUAUUCUGGCUUAUCUUACAAAGUUGUGUCGAAUUAUAUUUGAUUAAUAUAAUGUAAAACAGUGAUGCCAAAAUAUUUGCGCACUUUUGUAUUAUUUUUAACUUAUAAUUACUUCUCCGGCAGGAACAUAAGAAAAAAAAAUAUUGAUUUGAAGUUUUUAAAAUGUUACAUCCUCCCAAAGUGUAUUUAAAUCAAUACUUGGCAACACUGUUCCAGUGUUAAAUGUUCAAAAAAUCUUAUGGCAGCUACAUAAGUAGCUUUCUCGUUUGAUUGUAUGACAAUCUAGUCGGUUCAUUUGAAAUGAGCUCUGUCUUUCCAUGUGCAGCUAAACUGUUACGAUAUUAUCUCAUUAGCUUCUUUGCGCAAAUUAAUUAUCUAUAAUAAGUAUUUAUUCUUAUCAAACGCUCUUUAUUAAUAAUAUUAGGAUGAAGGUUGUCAAUAUACAUGAAUAAAUAUGUUCAAUCGUC